CUUACAAAAUGGUAGAGGAUGAACUGGCACUAUUUGAUAAAAGCAUAAAUGAAUUUUGGAAAAAAUUCAAAAGCACUGUCAGUGACACCUCCUGUCAGAUGGUGGGCCUAAGAGAUACCUACAAGGAUUCCAUUAAAGCAUUUGCAGAAAAGCUGUCUGUGAAAUUAAAGGAAGAAGAACGAAUGGUUGAGAUGUUUCUGGAAUAUCAAAAUCAGAUCUGCAGGCAGAAUAAGCUCAUUCAAGAAAAGAAAGAGAAUUUGUUGAAGUUGAUUGCUAAAGUAAAAGACAAAAAGCAGGAAUUGGACACACUGACUGCAAAUAUCCAGGAUCUUAAGGAAGAAUAUGCUAGGAAGAGGGAAACUAUUUCCACUACUAACAAAGCUAAUGAAGAGAGGUUGAAAAGGCUACAGAAAUCUGCAGACCUGUAUACAGAUCGACUUGGACUAGAAAUUCGAAAAAUUUAUGGUGAUAAGUUGCAGUUUAUAUUCACUAAUAUUGACCCUAAGCAUCCUGAGAGCCCAUUUAUGUUUUCCCUGAGCCUAAAUGAAGCAAGGGACUAUGAAGUGUCAGAUAGUGCUCCUCAUCUUGAGUGCCUAGCAGAAUUUCAAGAAAAUGUAAGGAAGACCAAUAAUUUUUCGGCUUUUCUUGCCAAUGUUCAGAAAGCUUUUACUGCUAUUGUUUAUAAUUAAUGUAUAAAUAGUAUAU